AUGUCGGGCCAUCGCCGCUUGCCGCUCGAGUGCGUGCGGGCUGGUGCGCAGACGCAGAAUGACGUGUGCGCGGCCAGCUUCGUGCAGGAGGUUCAUGCCGCCGCUGGGCAGCCUGCGGUCCGUGAGGGCCCCGGCGGCAGCUGUGCGGACCCCUGUGGUGCCACGGCACCCGCCAGGGCGUUGCCCGUCCGUGAGAUUAACCGUAAUGAAGACGGGACCUUGAGAUGCUUGGUCUCUUGGCCGCUUAGCUUGCUCGUGUCUGUCCUCCUCAGCUUCCCAGGAGAAUUCGAAGGGGCCCCGGGAUAA